AUGUCGAAUAAUACAUCAAACUCCUCGUCAUCUGAUGAAUUCGAGAGGGUUAGUGAACGCUUUAAAAAGUAUCAACUCAUUCCUUUGAGUAUUAUCUUUGGUAUUGGUCUUCUGGCAAAUUCUAUGGUUAUAUUCAAUGGUAUUCGUAGACGAAAAGUGAUCAAGCAUUUCAGCAAUUACUUUGUGUUAAGCAUGGCUAUUGCUGAUUGGUGUGUCAUGUUUUUCACUCUUCCUGCAAUGUUUGUCGAGUACCUUGUGGGAUUUAAAUCGAUGAGCGACUACGUGUGUUCUUAUAUUUUAACAAUACGUGAGACGUUUCAGGGAGCUGCUAUGUUCAGUAUCUCAACCUUAGCCAUCUUACGUGUUCGGCAAGUUAUAACGAAUCCUCUUAGACAGUUCUCAAAGCGGACAUGUAGACUGCUGGUGGUAGCAAUAUGGUUAAUAAGUUUCUUGGUUUGUACAAGUCCGUUUUAUAGUAUUUACGAGAUUAACGAGCUUGGUUUUUGCGAUCCGAAUUAUGCUAGUACGCUAAGAGCAAAGAUUCACUUGACUUUCAUCACUUGCAUCCUUAUCUCGCCGAUGCUCGUAGCAACAAUCUCUUACGGAACUGUGAUCAUGAAAGUCACUAACUUUCUUGGAUCCGACCCUGAUUCUGAAAGAAUAACGAAAAGAAAUCGCAGUAUUGCAAUGUUAUUGAUCGUAUUAAUUUUAUCAUGCUGGAUAAGUUACACACCAUUAGGUGUAUACUUGUUGUUCGAUGUUUACAGUGCCUCACAGGUUACCGUGGACCCGUUAAUUUGGCAGAUUGUUACAAUACUAUAUUUCGGUGGCUCCGCCGUCAAUCCUAUUCUAGUGUUGCUUACCAUGCCCAAAGAUUACAAAGGUUUCGACAUUGAAUGUAGACGACAACGACGUGUUGGUGUAGAGGAUCCGAAUGCAGUGCAAAAAGAAAUUCUGAAGUCAUCUAUUCCUCUUCAUGCUCAAAUUGUGACCCAAGAGGUUCCACCAAUUUGA